UCUGUGCACGAGCGUCCGCACGAGGCUGCAGUCCAUGGCUCCUCCGGCCGCUCCCGCUCCGCCGCUCAGCGCCCCCGCGCCCGGCUCGGCGCGCCCAUGGGCUCCGGGGUCCGAGUGCGGCCGCGCCCCCUGCUCCGGUCACGGCCUGGGCGCGCCGGGCGGUGCAGGGGGCGGCCGCGGCCCCUCCGCGCUCAUGCCCGGCCCGGCCGGCGAAUGCUGGGUCCGCGGCCCCGCGCGUCGGCGGCUGCUCCGCGGGCGGCGAGGCUGCUGCUCGGGGCCGCGCGCGAGCUCUGGCGCCUUCUCUCUCCCCGUCGGUCCGCCCGCUGGGUUGGGCUCGACUGAGGCACUCCGGCCGCGGCGGAGCCUGCGCUCUCCUCCUCCCGAGUCUCCUCCUCCCCGGCCCGCCGCCCUCUGGAGCCUCCGGGCCCCGCUGGCUCCUGCCCCUGCUCCCGGCGCGCACGUCACCGGCGCCAGUGAGCAUGCGCCCCGCGGCCGCAGCCCCCGCCCGCCCCGCGCCCACACCCGCGCUCGCACCCGCGCGCCAGCCCUGCCCCCUCACGCCUCGGCCCGGGCCCCUCAGACCCUGGGGGCAGAGGGCAGAGGUCAGAGGCCGCGGGGAGGAACCCCUGUUGCUUCCGCCUCCCGGGGCGCAGGCGCGGGGCGCGGCGGGAAAGGGGCUCGGCACUGGGGGAACCCAGAGUCUCAGCCAGGGUCCCAGGGCUUCCUUCCCGGGUUCCUGCCGGAAAACUUUUCUCCUCCUCCCGGAAGCCUCGAUGGGGCAGUGAGAUCGCGGGGCGAGCCUGUCCUGCUCCAGCCUGCCCUGAGCUCCCGAAGCUGGUGGUCCCCCUCAGUGGAUCUUCCCCCACAGGGGCACCUGCUGCAGACCAGGAACAUAAACAGGAAAUGCUCCUUUUUCCCUGGCGGAUGUUGCAUUCCCUGUCUGGAUGCAAUGCCUGGUGCUCCACAGCCCUUUGCACCCACGAGAGAAGGUGGCCGGAAGAGCAUCUUCACUCUGGCGGCCUGGGAAGAUGAGGAGAGCAGGAGUCCUCAGCACAAUCAGACAAUUCACCAAAAUCCUGCUGCCCUCAUCUGGAAUUUCCUGCUAUGAGAGAUGUCUUCAUUUAAACCACAUGAGCUGGAUUUUCUAACACAUGUCAGCAUCUUCGUGGUAAAUCUAAGGAAAAAAAAUCAGAACUAUUAAAAAACAAAGUCCAACUCACCCUGUGUGAUGGUUUGAAAGUGUCCUCCCAAAUUCACAUGUGGAACUCUAAUCCCAGAUACCUAAUCACUAAUCCCAAAUAUUAAGAGGUGGGGGGCUUGGGAGGUGAUUAGGAAUGGGAUUAGUGCCCUUUAAAACAGGUUUUUGGGAGGCUGCUUGCCCUUUCUGCCAUAUGAAGAUGCUUAGAAGAGGCCUUCUAUGAGGGAGAGAACUUUUCUCAGAUGCCAGAUCUGCUGGGACCUUGAUCUUGGAUUUCUCAGCCUUCAGAACUGUGGGAAGCAAACUUCUGUGUGUAUGAAUAGCCAUCUAAAGGAUUUUGUUACAGCAGCCUGAGCAGACUAAGACACCCUGUGAGUCAGUUAUUUUUGGCUGUGUCAUGAGUGACCGCGAGUGCAGGAGCUGAAACAACAGUGAGUGGGUUACCAUCUCUCAGGACCCUGUGGAAUUGGCGAGAUGGUGCUUCUGCUCCACCUGGUGUUGGCUGGGAUUGUCCUGCAGCUGCAUUCUUCUGGGGGCUCAGCUGGGGCUGGAAGGUUCCUGUGGCUCUAAUCACAUAGCUGGGAUCUUAGCUGGGGUGAUAAAACACUGGGGACAGGCCGGCCUUGCUGUCUGUCUCUCUGGCUUCUCAUCAUUCAAUCGUCUAGCCUGAGUGUUUACAUGGGAACCCAGGAGGGUCAAUGUGGACACUAUACAGCCUGUAAGGCCUGGGUUUGGAAGUCCGAGAAUAUGACUUCUACCUUGUUCUGUUGGUGAAUAUAAAUUCCAAGGCCACUAGAUUCAAGAGAUAAGGACAUAGAUUUCACUUCUUAAUGGGAAGAUCCCAUGUACAGACAGGGAUCCUUAUGAGGGAUUAUGAGAACUCCUCCUAAUCCUUAUGAGAGAUUAUCAUACAGGGAAUUUAUGGGGGAUUAUCUUUGGAAAUAAUCUACCAUAGACUGACUAAACAAUAAUGUCAUGUG